AUGACGACACAGGGCCAGCGUGUAAUUUCCCGGGAUACUACUGCCGCGGAGCUGGACUCCGAUUACAAAUGGGGUUUCACCAUCGACAUCGAGGAGGACGCGUUUCCCAAGGGCCUCAGCGAGGAUGUCGUGCGGUUGAUCUCGGCCAAGAAGAAUGAGCCGGAGUGGAUGCUGGAAUGGCGACUCAAGGCGUAUCGGUUCUGGACUCGCCAAAACUACAGCGAGCCGACCUGGGCUAACAUUGAGCACCCGGCCAUCGAUUUUCAGGACAUCCGUUACUACGCCGCGCCCAAGUCUGCGAAAGAAGGGCCCCAGAGCAUAGAAGAUGUUGACCCGGAGGUGCUGGAGGCGUUCAGCAAGCUGGGCAUACCGCUGGAAGAGCAGGCGCGGCUGGCCGGCGUAGCUGUCGAUGCGGUGCUGGAUAGUGUAUCGGUUGCGACCACCUAUCAGGAGCAGCUGGAGAAGGCCGGAGUAAUUUUCUGCUCCAUGAGCGAAGCCGUGCAGAAACAUCCGGAUCUGGUGCAGAAAUACCUGGGUUCUGUGGUGCCUUAUGCCGACAAUUUCUACGCGACGCUCAACUCGGCCGUUUUCUCCGACGGUUCCUUCGCCUACAUACCGCCAGGCGUGCGUUGCCCCAUCGAGUUGAUGACCUACUUCCGUAUCAACCAGGCCGAUAGCGGCCAGUUUGAGCGGACGCUGAUUGUGGCUGACAAGGGCGCCUACGUCAGUUACCUCGAAGGCUGCACCGCGCCGAUGCGCAAAACCAACCAGUUGCACGCUGCGGUAGUUGAACUGGUGGCCAUGGAAGGCGCUGAAAUCAAAUACAGCACCUUGCAGAACUGGUACCCCGGCGACAAGAACGGCGAGGGUGGUGUGUUCAACUUUGUUACCAAGCGGGGCAAAUGCGCCGGCGCCGAUUCCAAAAUCUCCUGGACACAGGUGGAGACUGGCUCGGCCAUCACCUGGAAGUACCCCAGCGUCAUUUUGCAGGGCGACAAUUCGGUCGGUGAAUUCUACUCGGUGGCUCUGGUGAACAACUGGCAACAAGCCGACACGGGCACCAAGAUGAUUCACGUGGGAAAGAACACCCGCAGCACGAUUGUAGCCAAGGGCAUUUCGGCCGGCCACGGACAACAAACCUACCGGGGUCUGGUGAAAAUCAAUCCCUCAGCACGCGGCGCCAAGAACUUCACCCAGUGCGACUCGCUCCUCGUUGGCGACAAGUGCGGGGCACAUACCGUGCCCUACAUCGAGGUCAAGAACCCGUCCGCGCAGUUGGAGCACGAGGCCACCACGUCCAAGGUUUCCGACGACCAGCUUUUCUACCUGCAACAGCGUGGCAUCGGGGUCGAAGACGCACACUUUAUGAUUAUCAACGGCUUCUGCCGCGGCAUUUUCCAGGAACUGCCCUUCGAGUUUGCGAUGGAAGCAUCGCAGCUGCUGAAAGUGAGUCUGGAAGGAACCGUAGGCUAA